AUGUUUGAAGCCGAAUCCGGGUACCAGCAGGUCAUUGACACCAUCAACCGCAUCCAGAGCCACGGCCUAACCCAUAAGCUAAGUGUGCCGAAGAUGGUCAUCAUUGGUGACCAGUCCUCCGGCAAGUCUUCCGUGCUCGAGGCCCUCACCAGGCUGUCUUUCCCUCGUGACAAGGAUAUGUGUACGAGGUUCGCCACUCAGGUAAACCUGCGCCGCAACCCUGCCUUGGAGAAUGACGUUCUGUCGGCCCGAAUCGAGGGCGAGGAUGACUUCAACAACGCCUUCAGCACAGUCCAGGCGCCUAUGACCUUUAGUGGCGUCAUCGAACAAGCCGUUGUGGCCCUCUGCAAGAGGAAGAACACCGACAUCUCGGACAAGGUAUUGGAGAUCACUCUCUCUGGCCCUACGCAGACCCCACUUACCAUAGUGGAUCUGCCUGGGUUCAUCAACACGACCUCGGACGGCCAGGAGAAGAGUCUCCCCAACACCAUCAGCGGAAUUAACAGGCGCUACGUCCAAGAUCCUCGUACAAUCAUCUUGGCCGUUGUACAGGCCAACGUUGAUUUGAACACUACCAGGGCCCUGUCUGAAGCCGCGGAGUACGACCCCGAUGGUGAGCGCACCAUCCCCAUCGUGACCAAGCCCGACUGCAUCCAGAGCGGACUGCACAUCGACUGGAUUGAGGUGAUCCUCAACCGCAAGAAAACUAUGAAGCACGGUUACCUGGUCAUGCGUAACACGGGCUACGACCAGAAGAACCUGACGUGGGAUGCAGCUCGUCAGGAGGAGCAACGAUUCUUCGAGUCGCACCAGUGGAACGCUGUUCCUAACGAUCGCAAGGGCCGUGACUCCGUCAAGAAGUUCUUGAGCAACGUGUUGUUUGAACACAUCAACCGCGAGCUGCCAAUCGUCAAGCGCGAGGUCGACGCCGCGAUCGACACGUUUAAGAUGGAGCUUGACGCCUUGGGAACCCCCAUUGCCUCCACCGCUGUAGCACGUGAGAAGUUGGUUGAGUCGGCCAUGCUCCUCCAGCCACAGGUGGUUGCCUUCUUGAACGCUGACUAUGACCACAAUUACCUCGCAGCGCACAAGAACAGACCCAUUUCCAAUUCCGGCGAGGACCCUUACUUCAUCCGCUCAUCGCUUCUGAGGCUCUACAAGAAGUACUGCUCCGACAUGUCGAGCAAGGAUGCUGGCCUGACCCGUGCCCAGAUUGUGACUCUUGUUGCGCGCUACAAGGGGAACAGCCUUCCAGGCUUUGUCGAUCCCGUUGCGUUUAAGGCCAUUAUCAAUGGCCAUUUCUUGGACACAUGGCGAGCCACCACCCAGACUCACGUCGUGGCGAUGCACAAGCAACUCUCCGAAGCCCUCUCGGAGUUUAUCGCUCACAAGGCCAACCCCACCGCACGCGACGUCUUCACCCACGUCUUUGACCGCUUCUCCCGCAUCCGUGCCAUCGAGAUCGACAAGACCAUGCAGGGCAUCAUCGAUGACGAGGCCACCCCUUUCACCCUCAGUCGCCACUACGCUGAGGCGGUCCACAAGGUGCGCUCCAAGAACAGUCGGAUACCCUCUCUCCCCUCUGAGCCGUCCUCGGCUGCUGAUUUGAUCAGUGACAACAGCGGCGUCAUCACGCCCCCAAGUUCGACUCCUGGUACGCCUCCGCAUUCACGGACCGAAUCACAAACGUCAGCACAACAGCUCUCCCAGACCGGACCGCCUGCCUCGUUUCCUUCGUCGCCGCUGAUGGUCGAUUGGGAUGAUAUAUACACGGCAGAGGAGAUGAUCCCCUGCCUGCGCGCCUACCUCAAGACCGCCCGUGAGCGCAUUGUUGACAAGGUUCUCAUGGAGACCAUCGAGCGUUACAUGAUCAAGGGAAUCAAAGAUUACUUUUCGAUGUUGCUCAAGGCUACCGACGGAGAGCUGCAAUGCAUGCUCGAGUCCGCCGCGCUUAAGCGCCAGCGCAAAGAACUUGAGGACAAGCUGGCAGACUUUGAGGGCAUCAUGGAGGAGCUCUCCAAGUAA